AUGGUGGAGACUGUGUUCCAUGAGUUUGGUCAUGCAUUUCUUCAGCACACGCUAAAAAGACAAGAUGAAGGGCUUGUUGCUGGUAUUCGUGGCAUAGAGUGGGAUGCUGUUGAGUUACCUUUCCAGUUCAUGGAAAAUUGGUGCUACCGUAGGAAUGAGGUGAGGGUGGCUGAUGAGAAUUUUCCUAAUCUGGGAUGUGAAAAUGAAAGGAACCCCUGCUUAGCCAACAAAACAAAUUAUAUUAUUAUCAUCUAUUUUCUGCCCUUUCUAAUCCGGCAAAACUCUACAAUGACCUUCGAUGGAAUGUCACAAGGCUAUAAGGUUUUAAAGUUGUGA